GAAGGAGCAGAGAAAAUGGCGGCCAUGGCUGCGGAGGCGGCGGCGACUGCAGCGGUGCCGGGCGACGGGGGAGCCGGCGAAGCUGAGCCCGAGAUGGAGCCCAUCCCGGGCAGCGAGGCCGGCGCAGACCCCCUCCCCGCUGUCAGCGAGGCCGUGGAGUCGGCCGUGCCUGAUGGGGACGAGGCCGACGGGGGAAAGCCCGCUCCGGGGGAGGCCGAGGAGCCGCCGCCGCCCGUAGAGCUUGCCCGGAGCCCGGCUAGGACCCAGGAGCCGGAACCUGAGAGGACGGAGCCGGAGGAACCGGAGCUGGGUUUGCCCCAGUCCGAGCCUAGAGAAGCGCCCAGCCCGGAGCCCGAGGAGGCGCCGCAGCCUGCUGGGCACCCUGAACUUCCCGAGGAGGAGCCGCAGCCCUGCCCGCCGGCUGCUGGGGGCCCCGUGGAGCCGGAGCCCGGGGAGGAGCCGUGCCGGCCGGAGGAGGAGGAGCCGGAUGCUGCUGAUGCUGCCGCUGUAAAGCCAGAGCCCCCGGCUGCCGGCUCCCCGGUGGCCCCGGCCGGGGGGGAGGCGGAGGCUCCGCUGCUGCCUGGCUCGGAGGUGCGGGUCACCCUGGACCACAUCAUCGAGGACGCGCUGGUGGUGUCGUUUCGGCUGGGGGAGAAGCUCUUCUCCGGGGUCCUCAUGGACCUCUCCAAAAGGUUUGGACCCCAUGGAAUCCCUGUGACCAUAUUUCCUAAAAGGGAAUACAAGGAUAAACCUGAAGCCAUGCAGCUCCAAAGUAAACCAUUCCAAGAUGAGACACAGGUGAAGUGUGAAGCCAGUGGUGCAGUCCCUGAUGACUCUUCUCCCAUUCAGCCAUCAGAACCUAGCCUCGCUAAAAGCCUAUGGACUUCUAAACCACCUCCCCUCUUCCAUGAGGGAGCGCCAUAUCCUCCUCCUUUGUUUAUCAGGGACACGUAUAACCAAUCAAUACCUCAGCCUCCGCCCCGAAAAAUUAAGCGACCCAAGCGGAAAAUGUACAGGGAGGAACCCACUUCUAUUAUGAAUGCUAUCAAAUUACGACCCAGGCAGGUCUUAUGUGACAAAUGUAAAAACAGUGUUGUUGCAGAAAAAAAAGAAAUUAAAAAAAGUGGUAAUGCAAGUGACUGCUUAAAAUAUGAGGAUCAUAAAAAGCGAAGAAAUGAGAGUGUAACUACUGUGAAUAAAAAACUUAAAACUGACCAUAAAGUAGAUGGAAAAAGCCAAAAUGAAAGCCAGAAAAGAAAUGCUGUGGUCAAAGUUUCAAAUAUUGCCCACAGCAGAAGCAAAGUAGUUAAAGUUUCUGCUCAAGCAAACACUUCGAAAGCUCAGUUAAAUACUAAAAAAGUUCUCCAGAGCAAAAACAUGGAUCAUGCAAAAGCUCGGGAAGUUUUGAAAAUGGCCAAAGAGAAGGCACAAAAGAAACAGAGUGUAACUUCCACUUCCAAAAAUGCACAUUCAAAGGUCCAUUUUACACGACGUCUUCAGAACACCAGCUCAGGUUCCCUCCCACCCCGAUUGCGUUUAAAACCACAAAGGUACCGGAAUGAAGAAAAUGACUCCUCUCUCAAGACAGGACUUGAGAAAAUACAGAGUGGCAAGAUGGCAACUAAGCCCCAGUCUCGCUGCUCCUCCACCCGCUCAGCAGGUGAGGCCCCUUCAGAAAAUCAGAGCCCCUCAGAAGGCCCUGAAGAGGCCAGCAGUGAGGUUCAGGACACAAGUGAAGUGCAUGUAACUGUUGAUCAGGAUGAACACCAGACAUUGGGCAAGAGAGGCAGCAAAAGCAAUAUAACAGUUUACAUGACCCUUAAUCAAAAGAAAUCUGACUCUUCCAGUGCAUCAGUGUGUAGUAGUGAUAGCACAGAUGAUUUGAAAUCCACCAACUCUGAGUGUAGUUCUACUGAAAGCUUUGAUUUUCCUCCAGGCAGCAUGCAUGCACCUUCCUCCUCCUCCUCCUCUUCAAAGGAAGAGAAAAAGCUCAGUAAUUCCUUGAAAAUGAAAGUCUUUUCCAAAAACGUCUCUAAAUGUGUCACACCAGAUGGCAGGACCAUAUGUGUAGGGGACAUUGUUUGGGCCAAGAUUUAUGGCUUCCCUUGGUGGCCAGCCCGUAUUCUUACUAUAACUGUGAGCCGGAAAGAUAAUGGCCUUUUAGUUCGACAGGAGGCCCGCAUUUCGUGGUUUGGGUCCCCAACAACAUCUUUUCUUGCUCUUUCACAACUGUCCCCCUUUUUAGAAAACUUUCAGUCGCGCUUUAAUAAGAAGAGAAAGGGCCUUUACCGCAAGGCCAUCACAGAGGCAGCUAAGGCUGCUAAGCAGCUGACUCCCGAAGUUCGGGCCCUGCUGACACAGUUUGAAACGUGAACGUGGAAAGUAAGGUAGGCAAGAAUUUGGAGGCUCCACAAAAUUUAUAGCCUAGUUAGAGAGCUACCAUGAAGGACUUGGCCAAUUCAAAACGUUGCACUCAGUUGGCUGCUCUUUUUAUACUAAAAUUGUUCUGAUUUGUAGCUGUUUCUUAAAAGUUAAACUAAACAAAUUGAACAUGCAAUCAAAAUUAAUCUAAAGUGAGAACGUCAGUAUUUUUCAAAUGAAAAUCUUUUUUUAAAUUAAAAACUCCUCCCAUGCAUAGGAGCCAUAGCCUCAGCUGAAGGGCAGUUUAUUUGCAGGGAAUUUUUAGUAGUUUCUAGCCGGUAUGUAUCUAGUCACUAUAUGGCAAAGGGUAAACAAGGGAUGGAAGUAAUUAAUAGCUGUGACCUGGGUGGCCCACCAGGGGAAGUGUAAAAACUUAAGCCCUGUUUACGUUGGCCUUUAAACCUUGUUUCAACACUUCUGCAUUAAGUAGCUUCUGUACAUAUAGCUGGUCGGUGUGAAUGGGGCCAAAGUGAGUUCAAACCAUGUUUAAAAACAUGCUUGGUUUCAUCCACAUGGCCAGUUUAAAUUAUGUUAGAAACCAAUUUAACUAACCCCUUUAAACAGAGUUUAAAGGCCAGAUUAAAUGGGGUCUUGGUGACCACUUUUUCCCCAAACACUCAGCCUUUCUAUGCACACAGGGGCACAAGUACCACACUUCAGGGUCUGACAAGCUGAGGGGAUGCCUCUUGCCCAAAGGCAAAGCUGAAAUGUUACUCAGUAUUUUGGAAUCAAGGGCUGUUAAUGCUGCAUAGGUGUGAAUCAUAACUUCCUGUCUUUCUUCCACUGAAAAAUCUUCCAGGCCACUUGUCUGGGAGUUUAGAGCAAGAGAGGUUUUGUUUGAAUGUGUAAAUAAUUGAUUGCUGAAACUAGUCAGAUUUUCUUCUGACUGGUUGUUCCUAAAUUCUUAGGAUACGUCCUGGUAAAUUACACUUUGUGAAUUGUCAGAUGUGUAAUUGUUGCAUUUUGGAUGUAUCUAACUUCAUAUUUUUUUUAAUAUUUCCGUUUUAAGGUAUCUGUUUGCAGGUCAGAAAAUGAGAAUAUGUAAUUGUGUAAUGCUCUGAAAUGUACAAAAACUGUAAAUAAAAUGGACUAAAUCUG